CCAUGGCCCCCCCCAAGGACAUCAUGACCAACUCGCACGCCAAGUCCAUCCUCAACGCCAUGAACGCCCUGCGGAAGAGCAACACGCUCUGCGACGUCACCCUCCGCGUGGAGCACAAGGACUUCCCGGCCCACCGCAUCGUCCUGGCCGCCUGCAGCGACUACUUCUGCGCCAUGUUCACCAGCGAGCUCUCAGAGAAAGAUAAACCCUAUGUAGAUAUCCAGGGACUGACAGCCUCCACCAUGGAAAUCCUGCUAGACUUUGUAUAUACAGAAACUGUUCAUGUGACAGUAGAAAACGUCCAAGAAUUGCUCCCAGCAGCAUGUCUGCUUCAGCUGAAAGGUGUGAAGCAAGCUUGUUGUGAGUUUCUAGAAAGCCAGCUGGAUCCGUCAAAUUGUUUGGGCAUUCGAGAUUUUGCUGAGACACACAAUUGUGUUGAUCUAAUGCAAGCUGCAGAGGUCUUCAGCCAGAAACAUUUUCCAGAGGUGGUUCAGCAUGAAGAGUUUAUCCUCUUAAAUCAAGAAGAGGUUGAAAAGCUCAUCAAGUGUGAUGAAAUUCAGGUGGACUCUGAAGAGCCAGUUUUUGAGGCAGUUAUAAACUGGGUGAAGCACUCAAAAAAAGAACGGGAAGCAUCACUGCCAGAACUGCUGCAGUACGUGCGCAUGCCGCUUCUCACCCCCCGCUACAUCACAGACGUCAUCGACACCGAGCCUUUUAUACGAUGCAGUCUGCAGUGCAGAGACCUUGUAGAUGAAGCUAAGAAGUUUCAUCUUCGGCCAGAGCUCCGGAGUCAGAUGCAAGGACCCAGGACAAGAGCACGUCUAGGAGCUAAUGAAGUCCUACUUGUGAUCGGCGGCUUUGGCAGCCAGCAGUCACCUAUUGAUGUUGUGGAGAAAUACGACCCCAAAACUCAGGAGUGGAGUUUCUUGCCAAGCAUCUCCCGUAAGAGGCGCUACGUUGCUACAGUGUCCCUGCAUGAUCGGAUCUAUGUGAUUGGGGGGUAUGAUGGUCGCUCUCGUCUCAGCUCAGUAGAGUGCCUGGAUUACACAUCAGAUGAGGAUGGUAUCUGGUACUCCGUGGCUCCGAUGAACGUACGGCGAGGCCUGGCAGGAGCCACAACCCUUGGAGACAUGAUCUAUGUUUCUGGUGGGUUUGAUGGAAGCCGACGUCACACCAGUAUGGAACGAUAUGAUCCGAACAUUGAUCAGUGGAGUAUGCUGGGAGACAUGCAGACAGCACGGGAAGGAGCAGGGCUUGUUGUAGCUAAUGGAGUUAUCUACUGCCUCGGUGGUUAUGAUGGGCUUAACAUACUGAAUUCUGUAGAAAGGUAUGAUCCCCACACUGGACACUGGACAAAUGUCACCCCGAUGGCCACUAAGCGCUCAG